AUGAAUCUAACCGCAACCUUAAUCGGCCAGUCACUGACUUUUGGUGUCUUUGUUUGGUUCUGCAUGAAGUAUAUAUGGCCACCUGUGGUGACCAUGAUGCGCGAACGUCAGGAGGCCAUUGCCGCCGGUUUGCGCGCUUCAGAAGAAGCGGACAAAAAGCUGGCAGAUGCUGCCAGCGGCGCUGAAGCAGAACUGGCCAGAGCAAAAGAAGAGGCGGCCGGCAUUAUUGAGCAAGCCCGUGCUCGUGCUAACCAGAUGGUUGAAGAAGCAAAAGGCAGUGCGCGUACAGAAGGUGAACGACUGAUCGAAGCGGCUCGCGCCGAUAUAGAACAGGAAGUGAAUCGUGCGAAAGAGACCUUGCGUACACAAGUAUCGACGCUGGUGAUUACCGGUGCGGAACGUGUGCUGGAAGACAGCAUUGAUGCCUCAAAACAUGAGGACAUGAUCAACCUUGAUGCCUGGUCAGAAACCCUGGCGUUGCUUGAUAGCAUCACGCAAGACGAAAGAGUUCAGCUAUUGCUGGAUAACCCGGGGAUUCCGGCUGCAGCGAAAGCCCAGCAGCUGGCUGAUCUUUGUGGUGACGAUAUUCAGGUAUCAGGGCGAUUGUUCCUGCAGUCGCUGGCAGAUAAUGAUCGUCUGCCAUUGCUUGGUGAGGUGCGUGAACAAUUUGAAGCGCUGCGGGCUGAAGAGCAACGCAGCCUCGAUGUUGAAGUGAUAUCUGCUUUUCCGCUCACUGAUGAGCAGAGCAACGCGCUUAAGAGUGCGCUCAACCGUCGCUUUAAUAAAGACAUUACCAUUGUUGCGAGCGUCGAUGAGACGCUGCUUGGCGGUGCGCGCAUUCGCGCCGGCGAUGUGGUGAUAGAAGCCACCAUGCAGCAACUGAAGCCCUCGGAAAUCAGUGACAUCAUUAAGAACCGGAUUCAGGGUUUAGAUGUUAAGGCAGAGGCGCAAAAUGAAGGCGCCAUUGUCGGCGUAUCGGACGGUAUCGUGCGCAUCCACGGCCUUGCUGAAGCACAGUACGGCGAGAUGAUUGAAUUCGAUGGCGGCCUCUACGGCAUGGCGUUGAACCUUGAGCGAGACUCCGUUGGUGUCGUUGUUCUUGGCGAUUAUGAAAACCUGACUGAAGGCAUGACGGCGCGCUGUACGGGUCGAAUUCUGGAAGUGCCGGUGGGUCCCGAGCUGCUCGGCCGUGUUGUAGAUGCACUGGGUAACCCCAUCGAUGGUAAAGGCCCACUUAACGUCACGUUAACUGCGCCGAUUGAGAAAGUUGCCCCAGGCGUUAUCUCGCGCCAGUCCGUUGACCAACCUGUACAGAUUGGUUUGAAGUGUGUCGACGCGAUGGUGCCGAUUGGUCGUGGUCAGCGUGAGUUGAUCAUCUCAGACCGCCAGAUCGGUAAAACCGCAAUUGCUAUCGAUGCCAUCAUCAACCAGAAGCGCAGCGGUAUUAAGUGUGUGUACGUGGCCAUUGGACAGAAAAUGUCUACCGUGGCCAACAUUGUGCGUACCCUCGAAGAGUACGGCGCCAUGGAAUACACCACUGUUGUGGCAGCAGGCGCAGCAGACCCUGCAUCCAUGCAGUUCAUUGCCCCAUAUGCCGGUUGUUCGAUGGGUGAGUACUUCCGUGACCAUGGCGAAGAUGCGUUGAUCAUCUAUGAUGACCUGACGAAACAGGCCUGGGCUUAUCGCCAGAUUUCACUGCUGCUCAAGCGCCCGCCGGGUCGUGAAGCUUAUCCUGGUGACGUAUUUUACUUGCACUCCCGCCUGCUUGAACGUGCUGCUCGUGUUAAUGCUGAUUAUGUAGAGCAGCAGACCAACGGUGCAGUUAAGGGUAAAACCGGUUCAUUGACCGCUCUGCCGAUCAUUGAAACCCAGGCGGGUGAUAUUUCCGCGUUUGUACCCACCAACGUGAUCUCAAUUACUGAUGGCCAGAUCUUCCUGGAAACUCAGGCGUUCAACUCGGGUUUACGCCCGGCGAUGAACCCCGGUACAUCCGUAUCACGGGUAGGUAGUUCGGCUCAGGUGCCGUUCAUCAAGAAAAUUUCCGGUGGUAUCAAGCUGGCACUUGCCCAGUACCGUGAACUGGCGGCGUUCUCACAGUUUGCAUCGGAUCUGGAUGAUGCAACACGGCGUCAGCUGGAACACGGCGAACGUGUGACCGAGCUGAUGAAGCAGAAGCAGUAUUCACCGAUGUCUGUGGCAGAAAUGGGUACUUCUCUGUUUGCGGCUAACGAAGGCUUUCUGCAGGACGUUCCAGUGGAAAAAGUACUCGAUUUCGAAGAAGCGUUACUCAGCUACAUGCGUUCUGAACAUGCUGAUUUUAUGAAUGACAUUGACGAGAACGGUAAUACGCAGAAGAUCACCAGCGCCAUGCAGAUGGUGGCGGCCAGUAAAAUGCGCCGUACCCAGGACAAGAUGGCUCAGGGUAAACCGUAUGCUGAGCGUAUCAGUGGUGUGAUUGGUCACCUGGCUAACUCAAACCCAGAGUACAAGCACAUUUACAUGGAAGAGCGCGAGAUCAAGCGGGUCGGCUAUAUCGUCGUAUCCACGGAUCGGGGCCUGUGUGGUGGCUUGAACGUAAACCUGUUUCGAGCUGUGGUUAAAGACAUGGCGCAGUGGCAUGCCAAAGGUAUAGAAGCUGAUAUGGGCCUGAUUGGUAACAAAGCCCAACCGUUUUUCCGAGCAGUGGGUGGCAACAUCAAAGCGGUGAUGUCUAAUGUUGGUGAAAAGCCUGAGCUGGCAGAUCUGAUUGGCGGCGUGAAAGUCAUGUUGGAAGCGUACGAAAAUGGCGAGAUCGAUCGUCUGUACCUGGCCAGCAACGACUUUGUUAACACCAUGACCCAAUCUCCUGAGAUCCGACAGUUGUUGCCGCUUCAUCCGGAAGAUGAUGAGUCUUAUCAUCAUCGUUGGGAUUACAUCUACGAACCAGAUGCCAAACAGCUCAUUGAAGGGCUGGUCAUGCGGUUUAUUGAGUCACGCGUUUAUCAGGCUGUUAUUGAGAAUGGUGCCUGUGAGCAGGCAGCAAAAAUGAUCGCCAUGAAAAAUGCGACAGAUAAUGCAGAGAAAAUGAUUGAUGAGUUGCAGUUGAUUUAUAACAACGCGCGACAGGCGGCAAUUACGCAGAGCAUGAGCAGCGGUCGUAUCGUACAAAUCAUUGGGGCGGUCAUCGACGUUGAGUUCGAACGCGGCCAUGUACCGAAGGUAUAUGACGCGUUAACCGUCAAUAACGUUGGUUUGACCUUGGAAGUGCAGCAGCAGUUGGGUGACGGCAUUGUCCGCACCAUCGCCAUGGGUGUAUCAGAUGGCCUGUCUCGCGGCCUGGAAGUGGAAAACACCGGCGCGCCGAUUUCUGUUCCUGUUGGUGAGGAAACCCUAGGUCGUAUUGUCGACGUUCUGGGUAACCCGAUUGAUGAAAAGGGCCCGAUUAAUGCGGGCCAGCAUAUGCCUAUUCACCGGAAAGCACCCAAGUAUGAAGAUCAGGUGGGUGGAAACGAGAUCCUGGAAACAGGUAUUAAAGUUAUCGACCUGAUUUGCCCCUUUGCCCGUGGCGGUAAAGUGGGUUUGUUUGGUGGUGCGGGUGUUGGUAAAACCGUCACCAUGCUUGAGCUCAUUCGUAAUAUCGCGAUUGAGCACUCCGGGUUGUCGGUAUUUGCCGGCGUUGGUGAACGAACACGUGAAGGCAACGACUUCUACUACGAGAUGGAAGAAGCUGAGGUUCUCGAUAAAAUUUCUCUGGUUUUCGGGCAGAUGAACGAACCACCGGGUAACCGCCUUCGUGUCGCGCUGACCGGUCUGACCAUGGCAGAAAAGUUCCGUGAUGAUGGCCGUGAUGUACUGCUGUUUAUUGAUAACAUUUAUCGUUAUACCCUGGCAGGCACCGAAGUGUCUGCACUGCUUGGGCGUAUGCCAUCUGCGGUAGGUUAUCAGCCUAACCUGGCUGAAGAGAUGGGUGUUCUGCAGGAACGCAUUACCACCACAAAAGAAGGGUCUAUUACGUCUAUCCAGGCAGUAUAUGUACCCGCCGAUGACCUGACUGACCCCUCUCCUGCCACAACGUUUGCUCACCUUGACUCAACCGUGACGUUGUCUCGAGCCAUUACCGACCUGGGUAUUUACCCUGCGGUAGACCCGCUUGACUCUUCAAGCCGUCAGCUGGAUCCGUUGAUUGUCGGUGAAGAACACUAUGGCGUAGCGCAGGAAGUCCAGCAGGUGCUGCAGCGUUAUCAGGAACUGCGAGACAUCAUCGCGAUUCUGGGUAUGGAUGAAUUGUCUGAAGACGAUAAAAACCUGGUGUAUCGUGCGCGUAAAAUUCAGAAGUUCUUCUCUCAGCCUUUCUUUGUGGCAGAACAGUUCACCGGUGAAUACGAUCACCUGCCGGAAGAUGCCUUCUACAUGGUAGGCACCAUCACCAAGCUAAGCGCGGUGGGCACGAUUGGUGGUCUGGGUAUUUACCCGGGCCACGCGCCUUUGCUCACUGGCAUUCAGCCUGGUCCGGUGACUCUGUCCAUGGAAGAUGGAGAGGAAGAGGUAUUUUUUGCAUCUGGUGGCUAUCUUGAAAUUCAGCCGGGUGUGAUUACGGUAUUGGCAGACACCGCUGUGCGUGCAGACGAUAUUGAUGAAGCUCAGGCGAAAGAGGCACGCGAACAUGCCGAGAAGGCUUUUGCGGACCGUACUGCAGACUUCGACUUUUCUGCAGCAGCGGCCAUGCUGGCAGAGGCCAUGGCACAGCAGCGUACGCGCAUGCGUUCACAGCGCGCCAAAGUCCUGCAUCAGCUGGCGGGUAAAAGCCUGCUGCAACAUGUGCUGGACACCGCACAGAGUGUAAAUCCGCGAGAAAUAGCUGUUGUUAUUGGCCACCAGGCUGAGCAGGUGCAGGCGUCAAUCGCCCCGGGGCCGAAGUGGGUCCUGCAGGAUGAGCAGCGCGGUACCGGCCAUGCUGUGCAACUGGGUUUGUCGGCUUUAGCCGGUGAAGGUGUGGUGCUGGUGUUGUAUGGGGAUGUGCCCCUGGUGACGGAAGACACACUAAUUAGAACGGUAGAGGCUGCUAAAACAGGCUCUGUAGCACUAGUGACCGCUCACUUCGAUGAUGCCGCGCAGCUCGGAAGAAUCGUCCGGGACGACGACGGCAAAAUCCGCUGUAUUGUUGAAUAUAAAGAUGCCAGCGACGCUGAACGGGACAUAAAGGAAAUUAACUCGGGCAUUCUGGCCGCUCCUGCAACUUUACUUGCUCCAUGGCUGGCGAGCCUGCAGCCCGAUAACGCUCAAGGGGAGCUGUAUCUCACCGAUGUGAUUGCCAUGGCCGUUGCAGACGGCAUUACCGUCACAGGUAUAGAAGCACACGCACCCAUCGAAGUGGCGGGCAUCAAUGAUCGCGCCCAGCUGGCUGCGCUGGAAAGAGUCUAUCAGCACAAUCAGGCAGAUCAGCUCAUGGCACAGGGUGUCAGCCUGGCUGAUCCGAGUCGUUUCGACCUGCGUGGCAAACUCACAGCCGGCGAAGAUUGCUUUAUUGAUGUCAACGUCGUGUUUGAGGGAGAGGUUGUGCUGGGUCGCGGCGUGCGCAUCGGUCCAGGCGCCGUUAUUUCCAAUAGCGUGCUGGGAGAUAACGUCGAAGUUCAUGCGCAUACCGUGGUUGAAGGCGCAAUUGUUGCGGCGGACUGUUCUAUGGGCCCGUUUGCCCGUAUCCGCCCUGGUACCCGGCUCGACAGCGGGGUGAAGAUAGGUAACUUUGUUGAAGUCAAAAAAUCUCACCUCGGCGCGGGUACCAAAGCUGGCCAUCUGGCGUAUCUUGGAGACGCCACCAUCGGUGCUGAGUGUAAUAUCGGUGCCGGCACAGUGACCUGUAAUUACGAUGGUAUAAACAAACAUCCAACUCAUAUUGGUGACGAUGUCUUUGUGGGUACUAACUCGACUCUGGUCGCUCCGAUACAGAUCGAAUCCGGUGCCUUUAUUGCCGCAGGUUCAUCAAUCACCACAAAAGUGGCCAGUGGAGACCUUGCUGUAGGGCGAGGUGAUAGAAAUGUGCCGCCAAUAUUAUUGGAAGGCCUGAAACGGCUCGAGUAUCGCGGCUAUGAUUCCGCCGGCCUUGCCGUCAUCGAGAAAAACGGCAACCUCUCUCGGCGUCGUAAGGUUGGCAAAGUUCAGGAGCUGGUUAACGAACUCAAGCGUUCGCCGGUCCGCGGUCAGAUUGGUAUUGCGCAUACCCGCUGGGCAACACAUGGUGUGCCUGCCGAAAAUAAUGCGCACCCUCAUGCUUCCAGCGAUCGCGUAUGUAUCGUGCACAACGGCAUCAUUGAAAACUAUGAAGCUUUGCGUGAUGAGUUGCUGGCUGAGGGUUAUGAAUUCGAAUCUGAAACUGAUUCUGAAACCGUAGCUCACCUGGUGGACAGGUACCUGAAAAAAGGCCUUGAUCUGCUUGAUGCCGUGCGCGCGACAACCAAACAGCUGGAAGGUGCUUAUGCGAUUGGUGUCGUAGCUAAAGACGCUCCGGACCGCAUUAUCGCCGCUCGCGCUGGCAGUCCUCUGGUUGUGGGUAAAGGCAUUGGUGAAAACUAUAUUGCCUCCGAUGUGUUAGCCCUGAAGCCGGUUACUGACCGAUUCAUUUUUCUGGAAGAAGGCGACCUGGUAGAAAUACGCAAAGAAAGUAUUUCUAUCUGGAACAUGGACAACGAGUCCGUUGUGCGAUCGGAUGUACAUGUUGAGAUGGCACAUGAUGAUGUGGACAAAGGCACCUAUCGCCACCACAUGCAGAAGGAGAUAUUUGAACAACCCCGCGUGAUUCAUGACACCCUGGAAGGUCGGUUGGGUCGUACGCAGGUAUUGGAGGGUGCGUUUGGCGUAGCGGCAAAAAAUAUUUUUGAUCAGGUGCAGGGGGUCAUGCUGGUCGCAUGUGGUACCAGCUACUACGCUGCAUCGGUCGCGCGUUACUGGAUCGAAGAGCUGGUUGGCAUUCCUUGCCAGGUAGAGAUAGCUUCCGAAUUCAGAUACCGCAAAGUAUCGGUACCCACCGAUACCUUGUUUGUAACGCUGUCGCAGUCCGGUGAAACUGCAGACACACUGGCUGCACUUCGAAUCGCAAAAGAACUCGGCUUCUAUGCAACUUUAACCAUCUGUAACGUACCAACAAGUUCCAUGGUUCGCGAAAGUGAUCUGGCAUUGAUGAUUCAGGCCGGCACAGAAGUCGGUGUGGCUUCAACCAAGGCGUUUACUGCACAGCUCACAGAUCUGAUGUUGCUGACGUUGAUGCUGGGUCGUCGACACGGAUUAACGCCUGAGCUGGAAAAAGAACUGGUACAGGGGUUGCACCAUCUGGGGGGUGUGAUCGAAGAGGUGUUGUCUCUGGAUAGUGUCAUCCACAACCUGGCGGAACGCUUCAUGGACAAACAUCACGCCCUGUUCCUGGGGCGCGGCACAAUGUUUCCGGUAGCAAUGGAAGGUGCUCUGAAACUCAAAGAAAUUUCCUAUAUUCAUGCGGAAGGUUAUCCUGCCGGCGAGCUCAAACAUGGACCCCUGGCGCUGGUAGAUGAUGACAUGCCCGUGAUUGCCGUCGCUCCAAACAACGAUCUGUUGGAAAAAUUGCAGUCAAACCUGCAGGAAGUGCGGGCUCGCGGUGGAAAGCUUUUUGUGUUUGCUGAUCGGAACAGCUCUUUCCGUGAAGAACCUGGUGUUACGGUGAUUCCUUUGCCACAUGUUCACCCGAUUCUUGCGCCCAUCGUUUAUGUUGUGCCACUGCAACUGUUGUCCUACCACGUUGCGGUUCUGAAGGGUACGGAUGUAGAUCAACCUCGUAAUCUGGCCAAAUCGGUCACUGUAGAGUGA